CAGAUAAGCUAACCCAUGUUUUAUAUAAGAGAAGAAGAGAAGCUAGUACUGUACUGCACACCCUGCAACGCAAAGUGACACCAAAACCCAAACCCUCGUCCCCCUCGCCAUUAUCCGAACCCGGACCAAGCCCUAAGCUACGACCACAGAACCGAGCCCAAAUGGCGGCCGCCCCCAUGCUCACCGCCGCAUCGCUGUCCUUCUCCGCGCUCCCGGUCCCGCGCCUCCGCGCUGCCCCUCCCGCCUCCUCCUUCGCUCCGCCGCGCCGCGUGGCUGCCGCACCCGUCGUCCGCGCGGCAGCCGCCUCGUCCAAGUCCCCGGCCGAGGCGGCGCCUUCGGCCCCGAAGAAGAAGAGGGCGACAGGCAUCACCUUGCCGAAGCCCGUUUCUCCGGCACUGCAGGCAAUCGUGGGCGCCCCGGAGAUCCCCCGCACCGAGGCCCUCAAGCGCCUCUGGGCCUACAUCAAGCAGCACAACCUUCAGGAUCCUGCGGACAAGAAGGUGGUUGUUUGCGAUGAGAAGCUGAAGGUUCUGUUUGCUGGGCGGGAGCGUGUUGGAUUCCUCGAUAUCGCGAAGCUUCUCAACCCUCACUUUGUGAAGUAAAAAGUCUCUUCCAUGGAGUUGUGUUAGCCUAGAUGGUUUAAAGCUUCUCAAGUCUCAACCCUCAGUUUGUGAAGUGAGAAGUCUCUUCCAUGGCGUUGAGUUAGCCUAUGGUUUCUAGUGAUCAUAGACAGUGCGUAGGUUGGUUUUGUUGGCCUGAAUUAGCUCGACUUCGUACUUAGUAGGAUUAUCUAGCUCUUUGCAGACAAUGUAUUGUGGCCUUGGUGGUAGUUAUCUGAAUCACUGGAUGUCCUUUAACAACCUUCAGCUCGAAUGAAGUUAGCGUGUGUGUUAACAA